CAGCAGCAGCAGCAGGGACACAGUAACCUGCAGGAGGACUCACAUGGUCCUGCUGCAGAGGAAGCAGCACACAGAGACAGACAGAGACAGACCAACAGGACUCUCUCUCUCCACACCUCUCCUCUCUGAACACCAGGCUCCUGACAUCCUCCUCCUGCAGCCUGCAGCCCAGAGUCGGUGUCGGUGUGUCUCUGGGCCGGUGAAGCAGCAGCAGCAGCAGUCAUGGCUCGGGAGAACGGAGACACCGGCAUCAGAGGAGAGACCUGGAAGAAACAAGUCGACGACAUCAAGAAGUCCUUUGAUUUCAAAGAAGUGCUCGGCACGGGGGCGUUUUCCGAGGUGGUGCUGGCCCAGGAGAAGCUGAACGGCCGGAUGUUCGCGGUGAAGUGCAUCCCCAAGAAGGCUCUGAAGGGGAAGGAGAGCAGCAUCGAGAACGAGAUCGCCGUGCUGAGGAAGAUCAAGCACGAGAACAUCGUGGCGCUGGAGGACAUCUAUGAGAGUCCCGACCACCUCUACCUGAUCAUGCAGCUGGUGUCCGGCGGCGAGCUUUUCGACCGAAUCGUGGAAAAAGGUUUCUACACGGAGAAGGAUGCGAGCACGCUGAUCCGACAGGUCCUGGACGCCGUGAACUACCUGCACAAGAUGGGCAUCGUACACCGGGACCUGAAGCCAGAGAACUUGCUGUAUUUUAAUCCCCAAGACGAGUCAAAGAUCAUGAUCAGCGACUUUGGUCUCUCAAAGAUGGAGGGCAGUGGUGACGUCAUGUCCACGGCCUGCGGCACGCCGGGAUACGUGGCUCCGGAGGUUCUCGCCCAGAAGCCGUACAGCAAGGCGGUGGACUGCUGGUCUAUUGGAGUGAUCGCCUACAUCCUGCUGUGUGGUUACCCUCCGUUCUACGAUGAAAACGACUCCAAGCUGUUUGAGCAGAUCCUGAAAGCCGACUACGAGUUUGACGCGCCGUACUGGGACGACAUAUCUGACUCAGCCAAGGAUUUCAUCGGCAGUCUGAUGGAAAAAGAUCCAGCCAAGCGUUUCACCUGCGAUCAGGCGCUCAGACAUCCCUGGAUCGCCGGGGACACGGCACUCUGCAAGAACAUCCAUGAGUCAGUCAGCCGGCAGAUCAAAAAGAACUUCGCCAAGAGCAAAUGGAGGCAAGCGUUCAACGCCACAGCGGUGGUUCGGCACAUGAGGCGGCUGCAGCUUGGCAGCAGCAUGGGCAGCAGCAUGGACGCCUCCAACCCGCCGACCAGGCCGAGCCAGACGCAGAGGGCGGCCCAGAGCCAGGCGGGCCAGAACCAGCCAGCUCCGAGCCAAAACGCCGGCCAGGCGGCACAGAGCCAGAGCGCCAACGCGGCCGCCACCAAAACCUCUUCCAUAGACAACAACAUAGCAGCAGCUCCCCGCAGGGAAUGUGUAACUGCACCGGUCACCCCCUGCAGUCUGGCAUCCGCAGCCUCUUCUGCCGCCGCCGGGGCAGAGCUGAACCGGCCACACCCCUCUGUGGUUCCCGCCCCGGUGCUCACGGAGACCAAGUGACGCCAGGUCCCGCGGGGAACCAGCUGGGAGGCCACAGCGCUGUGAGGCAGAGAGACGGAAAAGAGACGGAGGACGACAGGAGAGGAAGAGGAUCCCCUCCCCCCCCCUCUUCUUCGUCCCUCCCUCCCUAUACUCACUGCAUUUCCACUCGAAUUUCCCUCCUAGCAAGUUCCCCGCCCUGCUCCCGGGAGAGCAGAGGACUUUAACCUCCACCCCACCGAUUCAAGCCACACAGCGCCAUACUGUACACCCAGCCACCCACCAGGACGCCGUGUAGGAUUCGUCUUGCCCACGGCGACAGCACGGACUCUCAUUGAGGAUGUUUGCACGCCCAGCUUUGAUUGGCUGCUGUCAAAUGAUGAAUGGGUGACGACUGCUGCGAGCUUAAGCAGCAAUUUGGUGGUUCACGGUGGGGCCGGUGGUUUCAUAUUAUUCAAUGUCAGUCAACAUCAACUUCCCUCUUGAAUCUGGUCUUUCCUGCGACACUUUAUUUAGCUUUUUUUUUCAAAAUUAGGUUUGACUGUUGACAACUGGAUUGUUUUAUUUUGUAUUAUUACUGUUAACGUUAAAGGUGGUAUGUGUAACUUUUAAAAAGCAAACGUUGUCAAAUUGAUAGUGCUACUUUGGUAUAAUUACUGUAAAUAAACUAGACGAUUGUGACUGCGGUCUUCUUAGUGAUGACCUGAUUAGUUUACACUAAUUUUACUAAUGUGGCAAACUAAUGUGACAAUGAUUUAUUCACGUUAAAACACAACACAUAGCACCUUUAAGACAUUUUAUAUGUCCUUUACGGGCUUGUUUGUCUGUCUGUUUGUGCUUUAAGAAGUGCUUUAAAAGUACCAUACGACUGUUGAGAUGUGGAAACAUGAGUAAGCAAGCGCUUUACGUAUUUUUGCACAGAGAAAAGGGUCAGAUAUGUUCUCAGACACAGAUUUAAGCCGCCAUCCACUUAUGUUUUUAUCAGAGAGUAGAGAUUGUAAACAUUUAUAGAAAAAGAAAAUAACCCAGAGUGGAUGUCAGAGCGUUGUACAAGUUGUCUGAAAGAUUCUGAUCUUGUUUAUUAUUUUCUUACUUUAUAAGACUUUUAUAACAAUCACCCUUUAAGAGGACACACAUACAGGUUAUUAUGAAGCAUGCAGCAGGUUUAGGAUAGAGGUAUUUUACUGGAAAACUGCCUCCAGUUGAGAAUGUUAGCGACUACGUGAUAGCUUGCCAUUUGAUUUCCCAAACUAACGAGCAGCGCAGGGCGGUUUUAAGGUGGCUAAAGAAUACUUAACUGCUUGCCCGCGGAGACAAAAUCCAAGAUGCAGAAGCUGCCGCCUGCCGCUGUUCGUCCCACCUCCCCUCUCUAAAUAAGCCAUGAUCUCACCUUUUUCGUAUCGUCAAGCUGCACCCGGUUCAGAAGUGCUCAGGGAAAACUGCGGCUGCACUGUGAGCUGGUGAAUACCGAUUUCCCGGUUUUAGGUUGUUCUGUCAGUGUUUUUGGUUCAGGUGUUUGUGGCAUCACAGUUAAAUGAUCCAGCGCUUAAGACGUCAUCUGUGUCCUUAUUGCAGUGUUGUAGUGACUCGUGACUUGAAUAUUGAAGACUCAGACUAUUCCACCAAGGACUCCAACUCAAUCAUCUUACUCAGCAUGCAGAACUUGUUCCGUUAUUUUUAGGCUAUUCUGCUAUGUUGACGCGGUCCUCAACCCUGGAACCGUGCAGCCAUGGAUGGAUUACUGAACGGGCCUACCGGGCCACAGGCCCAAGGGCCGAAGAGUCUGGGUCCCCCCGGUCUUCACCUACAAAAUGUCACUUAGAGACGUCACGUAUCAACCAGGAGGAGACUCAAAAUGACCACAAAGAAACAUAAAACGACUGCAAAGAGACCAAAACAACUACAAACAGAUGCAAAACAGCUUCAAAGAGACUCACAACUAUGAAAAGGGACACAACACUACUACAAAGAGACACAAAAUGACUACAAAGAGACUCAAAAUGAUACAAAGAGACACAAAGAAACUACAAAGAGACUCAAAGCAACUACA